AUGGCGCCCGCGUCCAGCGACGGCGCGCUCGAAGGGCUGGACGCGUACCUCCGACGCGCCCGUGAGGCGUUCUUGAGGGAUCCAUCGAGCGUGACGUGCGCGCUCGGGAACGAGGCGUGUGAUUUAGACUCGGUGGCUUCGGCGCUCGCGGUGGGAUACGCGCGCGCGAUGACGACGAGUGCGAUCGUGACCCCCAUCGCGCAGUGUUUGAGGAGAGAUUUAGCGCUGCGGCCGGACGUCGUGCGAGCGCUCGACGCGGUGGGCGUGUCGGUGGAGAGCUUGACGUGCGCGGAGGACGUCGAGGCGGCGGGCGAGGCGCGGACGCCGCGGGAAGUUAUUUUGGUGGAUCACAACGCGAUAACGGUUCGCGUCGUUCCAAAAUCGUGGGAGACGCGCGUGGUGGAGAUCAUUGAUCAUCACGACGACGCGGGUGCGCACGGUGACGCGGCGGUACGGACGAUUGAGCUCGUCGGUUCGUGCUCGAGUUUAGUGUACCGGGACGUCGUCGCGCCGACGAGACGAGACGACAUCGCUCGCCAAGUCGCGCGACUGUUGCUCGGGGCUAUCGUGUUAGACACGAGAUUAUUAGACGCCUCGACCACGCGCGCGUCGGCGGUAGAUUUCGAGGCGGCGAAGGCGUUGAGGGAGGCGUUGGGAUGGGACGAGCGCGAGAUGGGAGACGAGUACGAGACACUCUCGCUCGCGCGUCACGAUCAGAGCUCGUUCUCAUGCGCGCAGCUCCUCGCGAAGGAUUAUAAACAGUGGACGUUCGGUCGACACGAGGUCGGCGUCGCCUCUUUCGGCGUGCGGUUUCAGGAUUUGGUUGCCCGGCAGGACACAACGUCCAUCGACGUCGAGUGCGCCGCGUUCAUCUGCGAGCGAGGGAUCGACGUUCUAUUCAUGAUGUCCUCGUUCGAGGAUGUCGAUGCCAACGGGGCGUUCGCGCGCCAAAUCGCCGCAACGACAUCUCCGUCGUGCGCGUUGGACGCGAACGAGCUCUUGACAGAACUCGGCACUCACACGCGGAUGUCGUCGCUCGCCAUACGCGAUCCCCCGAACGCCCUUCGAUCGGCGCGCGCCCAGCUCGACGUCAAGGCGAGUCGCAAAAAAAUACAACCGCUCCUAGCCGAGAUGUUCGCCGAGAUGUAA